AUGGCCGACACUCACACCUACGAGUUCAACAUUAGCAUGAGCUGCGGCGGCUGCUCCGGCGCCAUCGACCGCGUCCUCAAGAAGCUUGAAGGCGUCGAGAGCUACGAUGUGUCCCUCGAGAACCAGACCGCCAAGGUUGUUACUGCCCUUCCCUACGAUACCGUGCUCCAGAAGAUCGCAAAGACCGGCAAGAAGGUCAACUCGGGCAAGGCGGAUGGUGUCGAGCAAUCGGUCGAGGUCGUUGCUUAA